UUCUUGGCAAAAAUAACUCGAGUUGUUUGCCAUUUCCUUCGGUGAUGAUUAAAAUUUUCUUGGGGACUCUAUAUUAAGUUGAUAAUGAUUUAUUAGUAAAAUUUGGAAAGAGAGACAGAAAGAAAAAUCACCAGGUCACCCUAACUUUAAAAAAAAUGCUUCCACCCUUCCCAGAUCCAAUACCCAGUGGAGGUUCUAGUAGAGCAUUAAGAGAGCUCAGACUCCAGUCGUGCUCAGGAAGAGUUCCAUACCCAAGAGAGUCCCUGGGCCCCCCUCUUUUUAGAAGGCCAAUGACAUCACUCCAACCGAGACUCUGAUUGGACCAUCUGGGUCCGAGUCCUGACUUCCAGACACAUCUUCCACCCACCCUUUCCAGAAGUCGGGAUUCCAGCUGCCCGUUAGACCCUUUAAUCACAUGACGGAUUGCCGUCCUGCAGCUUCAGGGGACGGAGCUAUGAGAUCCUAGGAAAGUGGAGGGGAAGGCACAAGGGAAAGGAAUGAAGACAAGAGUUCCACACUGGGCUAUGCUGGGCUUCCCUGCCAGAAGGAAAGCUGGGAAAGAACCUAAGAGGAAGUGAGAGAGGAAUUAGAGAGCUGGAGACACCUGGUACCCGUUGAAAGUCCAAAGACCAUAAGGUGUGUCUCAUUUGCAUCUUUCAUCGGCAAGCCUCCAGCCUGUCCUCAUACCCAGCUCUUCCUUCAGCUCUGCAUAGCAUCCAAAGACCUGAAGACUCUAAGGCUCCAGGUCCAGCAGCAGUUCCAAGAAUAUGUCCGCAUACGACAACAAAGCCUUCAAGGAUAUUGGAAAGGACCCUGCAGUGACCACCUCUAUAGACUAUAAGUCCCAGAGCUCCCAGGGCUUUUCCAAGAUAAGUCAAACAUGGCAGUUGAAUAAGAUCUUCCAGAUACAAAACCAACUCCCAACUAGAGAAAUGGAGAUCCUGACAUAUGUCAUAAGUGAUAUCGAUACAUUCGUGGGAGAAGUCGAAAAAGUCAUCUCUAAAACAAAGCCAACAGGUCCUCCCUUUACAGCAUGGCUCCCAGCCCCCCAGUACAUAGACUAUUUCCAGAAGAUCAAGUAUGCCUUCAACCUCCUGGGGAAGAUAACCUGCCUGAAUGAGUCAAGCAUCCAUGGACUCAUCCUCAACCUCUUCAAUACUCUGGAAUUUGUCACUUGCCAUUGUCCUGACGGAGAAAACCUACCAAUAAAAGUAAACUGUCCCUUGCUGACACCUGAGGCCAUACAAUUGCUGAAAAAAAGCAACAUUUACUUGGAGAAUUUUGGAGAUGCUUGGACUAAAACUCGGGCGGAUUACAAACCCGAACCCCCAGCCUACACACCCAGCUUUUAUGAUGGCUGGCAGCUCCCACCCCCAUCUUGAGUCCAUCAAGGAGGAUGCUGAGGCCCUGGCAGAGUGGCAGACUGGAGGAUCUCAGUCCUGCUUCUUCCUUUUCUCAUUUUGGAAAUGCUUCCUCUGCUCUUCUCUGCCCUCCAUCAACUACCCACAAUUAACUUUGUCCCAGGAAAUAAAGAGAGAAGUUUUGAAUUUCAGAGUCAGAAGGAAUCUCGGACCAGGAAUGCCCUCGAUGAUGCACCCUUAUACUAAGCAGUCCUCCAGUCGUGGCUUGAAGAUGCCCAAGGAGGGGGGAGCCCACUCCCUCUUGAGUAGCCCAUUCUGCUCUGGGACAGUUUUUUUUUUCCCCUUAAACCCUUACCUUCUGUCUUAGAACCAAUACUUUGUAUAGGUUCCCGGGCAGAAGAGUUGUAAGUAGUAGGCAAAGGGGGUUAAGUGACUUGCCCAGGAUCACACAGCUAGGAAGGGUCUUAGGUCACAUUUGAACCCAGGACCUCUCAUCUCCAGACCUGGCUCUUUACCUACUUAGCUACCUGGGACAGAGCUCAAUUUGCUUCUUUACUACUUAAAUCCCUUGUUCCUAGUUCUGCCUCUUCUAGGGCUAAACAUAGCCAGAAUAUCUCUCCCUCCGAUCCAGUUCUCUUUUCCAGGGUAUAUGUUUCUCUCCCCUUCAACUCAUCCCCUUAUGAAAUCAAAUCAAAGACCUUCCCCAUUCUGGUUGAGGCAAAAAAGUCUUUUUAGCCCCUGCUAAAGUCUAGAGGCAGCCCUCAAUUCAACAUACUUACCUUUUCUUCUUACUUGUACCCAAUCCCAAAGUCCUGAACAUUUAUUCUGCCCUAUCCCUGGCACUUCUCCCAAUAAACCAAUGUUUCUA